AAGAGAAACAGAAAUAUAUAUUCGAAUCCAUGGAAGAUGUCGAUGUAGCAGUUAGAAAUCUCGAGAUAAAAUCAUUAUCAUUUCUCUCUGUUUAUCAAAAAGAUAAAUCAUUCGGAGUUGCUGAUAUUAAUUUAAAAAUCACAAGAUUCCCUUCGAAGAUAUCAAGAACAAGGAGUCACCAAAUCCUUUGGUCCGGAACUCCUUUUGUGAUUGUUGGAAAAAAACCUUUUUGGUACGAAGUUCUGUCCCGGCUGAUAACUACAAGGUUUGUUUGGGUCGCGAAAACAACUAUCCGUCAUGUACUUGCUUGGAUUGGCGUAAAACCUUGUUGCCCUGUAACCACAUCCUAUCCGUCAUUAGUGGCAAUGUCGCAGAUGUAUCCUGGAAAUCUUUAUCGUCGCGAUACACUUUAUCUCCUUUUUUCAUUUUGGAUCAUGAAGUUGUUAGCAACGAUUUUAUUGACAUUAAUUAUGUCAAAACCGAGUCCGUUUUAAUGGAUUCUAUUUCUAAAAUAUGUUUUCCAAAUAGGUUCAAGGCCUCGUCUCGCAGAGAAAUUUAAACCAAACCAAGAGCUUGUCAUUCAUAGUGUAUGAUAAUGAUGCACUAGACCACCUUCAUAAAACCUUGACUCAGGCUUUAAAUGAUCUAUCAUUUCAUGCUCCCAAGGAAGACAAUUUGGUCGUGGAAAGACCAAAAGUUAUAGGAUCAACAUAUUUAAGUAAAAAAUUCCAACCUCUCCCAAAACCAAAACCAAAAAAAUCGGCGUUUUCGGGAAGAGUCGGUUUGGCUGCUGAAAAAAAAGUUUUCAUCCAUAAUCAACAUUUUGUCUCUCAAAAAGAAGAAAAUCAUGCGACGUCUGUGGUUGAAGAGUUCCCUGAAUACGAUCCAUCUGUCAUUACCAAUGGAGCAGGAGCAGUUUAAUGACGCUGCUGCUCAACUACCAAUAUAAUCUGGGUAAAUCGGGGAUCUGGGUAAUAAGUGCGUCUAAAGGAAGCCAUGUUUAAUGCCGGAGUAUUUUAAAUAAGAGUUAAUUUUAAAAUUUUAAACCACGGAAUGGCAUUUUGGAUAAAGCAUCUUCCCAUAAAUUUGUUCUUUAAACUCUUUCGAAUUACUUCUGAUGUCCCUUUUAAGAAGAAAUGUAACUUGUUAUAUUGUAAAUACCCACUUUUUCUGUGGCAAAUAAUUUGAAAUUAAGUCAGUACCACACAAUUGGUACGAGAGGGAGGUGCACCGCGACUCGCCAAAAAUACCCGUAUUUAUAGCUAGCGUAUAGCGUCCUAAUUACGUGAUUAUCUAAACAAACAGCUCUAGCAAUGAUCUGGCAACUUCCCUUAUCACAUAAAUUCAUGGUUUUCAUUAUAAGCCAUCCCUAAAAACAACUUUGCAAGAAUGCUGAGG